UGUAUGACUAAAUUCUGACAAUCAUAAUUUAACCGUUCAAACUCAGAUGCAUCCAAUAGUUUCAACAUCUUGGUUAAACAUUGAGUAGUAAAAAUAGCACAUGAGCACAGGCAGAACCAUGACUGAUUUAGGACUUAGGAGCCACCUUUCCAAUCCAUCAUUUUGUCAAUCUCUUUUUUCAUAGAUUUUGUCUAGGGUCAGAUAAUGGACCCUAGGACACCUGUCGGCACCAAAAUAUAUAGAAACAACAUCCUGGUCCCACUUCCAGAGUAAACAAAUGGCCCUUCGUCUCACUAUAAAACGGUUACUGUCCCAUUCUCUUGGCUGCUCAUUUGCUAUAAGAAUCAGCCUCCUGCCCAACAACAAGACGAUAACCUCCAUUGUUCUGAGAAAAAAAUGGCUUCUGAAUCCUACCCUCCUCUGUUCCGUUCACACAUAGAUUCAACCCAGGCCGCUGAUUCGGAUGACCAAGUCAACCCAGUUCAUGAUUUGGAGGAUCCGAUUCCUCUGGUGGAUCUCCAGAGCCUGAAACUUGGGGAGGCAUGUGAGUAUUGGGGCAUUUUUCGUUUGGUCAACCAUGGAGUUCCUCCAACCCUUUUGACCCAACUUGAAGAGCAUGCCAAAGCGGUUUUUUCCCUGCCGUUUGAAUCCAAACAGAGCCUUAUCACCAGCCCUCUGUCCUACUUCUGGGGUACCCCUGCCCUUACUCCAUCUGGGGCAGCCUUAUCAACAAAGGGUACUAGUACCCUCCAGAAUAUCAAUUGGGUUGAAGGACUGAAUGUCCCUCUAGCUCAACUCAGUCAAUUCCAAACUGACAAUCCCACAGUUGCUUCUUUCAGCCUUGUGCUGGAAGAAUAUGGGAAACACCUAGCCAGGCUAGCCACAACUAUAUUUGAAGCUAUGGUAAAAAGCCUUGGAUUGGAUCCAAUAGAAUCCAAAUCCCACUUAUCCAAUCCCACUGGCCUUGUACGUCUAUAUCGCUACCCACCACAUUGCUCCAACUCUGCAUCUGCAUCUGCAUGGGGCAUGGACGUCCACACUGACAGCUCUGUGCUCUCGAUACUAAACCAAGAUGAUGUCGGUGGACUCGAAGUUCUCAAAGACACCGAGUGGUUCAAUGUAAACCCAACUCCCAGCACACUAAUUGUCAACCUCGGGGACAUGAUGCAGGCGAUAAGCGACGACAAAUACAAGAGUGUGAAGCACAGAGUGAAGGUGAACAGAAGCAAAGAGAGAAUUUCAAUCUGCUACUUUGUGUUUCCUGGAGAAGGCAGUGUGAUUCGGAGCUCAAACUACAAGCCCUUUACAUAUGGUGACUUUCAGAAGGAAGUGCAGAAAGAUUUAAAGAGUGUUGGGUAUAAGGUUGGGCUCGAGAGAUUCAGAGCUUAGUGAGGAGGGUUUGUUAAUUGAUCAUGUUAAAUGGGCCAUAACUGUAUGUUUGUAAGCUAUGCAGAGAAAAAUGUGGGUUCCAAGGAAAUCACAUUUUUUGUUUAAUCUUUUAUUUUAUUUUUUUCUUUUGUGUUCAUUUACUUUGGGCAUUUGGGCUUUGUGUUAAUGGUCUAAUUAACUUAAAGCAUCUCCAAUAAUGAA